CAGUAUUCCUCUUUUAUUCGCAGGGCCCAAAAAAUAAAUAAAACGAGAAUGGGGAAUAAAAAGUUGCUCAUAAUAGAUUGCGAUCCCGGACUGGACGAUGCCAUGGCCCUCGUCAUGGCUGGACAUGGCCACAAAACGGGAACAGUCCGGAUUUUGGCAAUCACUUGUGUGCAAGGGAACACGAGUGUGGACAACUCGUCCAGGAAUGCUUGCAGGGUGUUGGACGCACUUGGGAUAAAUGACGUACCAGUGUUCAAGGGUGCGAGGGAAGCACUGGUGAUGCCCUACGGCUGGGGCCACGAACCAUUCCAUGGCCCGAACGGCUUCGGAGGAAUCGAGUUCCCCACGGAACCCGACACGACCAGAAUCCACGAAGAACACGGGGUCUCUGCAAUCACGAGGCUAGCUGACGAAUACCCAGGCACACCGAAAUUACCACGAUACUUUUUGCACAUUAGGGAAAUUUCCCUGGUCCUGCUCGGACCGGUCACCAACGCAGCUCUGGCCAUGAGAAUGGAUCACGAAUUCGGAAGCAAACUCAAGGAUAUCUACGUCAUGGGCGGAAACUUUGAAGAAAUUGGAAAAACGACUUCAAUGGAAGGUCCGGAGUUCAACUUCGCAGCAGACCCCGACGCAGCUUUUGUUCUAUUCAGCGAAGCGAAAUGUCCCUUGUACAUCUUCAGCUGGGAAUUGUGCGAAAUGCGUUGUCAAGUGCCAAUUGAAUGGCGCAGGGAUCUCCUGAGCGACAUUGACACUCCUCACGCCCGAUUACAAGAACUCAUCGAAGGACCAUCCCUGAAGACAUACGAGUUCCCGGAAUACCUUCUCUGCGAUCAGCUCGCCAUGGCGGGGGCUCUAGACCCAGCCACGAUUCUGGAAUCCACCGCGGGGUUCUCCUCGAUCAAUACCACGGACAAGAAGCAACGCGGACGAACAAUGGUUGACCUCGACAUCACUGCGAAGACCCGACCCAACGUCACUUUUGUCACUCGCAUGGACAUGGCAGAAAUAGAGGGCAUGAUUAAGAAAGCUUACGCGUUUGUACCCGAACACGGCAAGAAUUUGAAUAUAUGACGAACGCGUCUAACGGAAGAAAAAAGUGUAGUUCAGUCUUCCCACCUUGUUCAAUUCCUGUACG